GAUUUUAUCAAUGUUUUUACAUAAAGUAUUCUAUUGCUUAUAUACUUCGUGUAUAGCUACAGAUUUUGGAUAGUGAAUAAGAAACUAACAAUUGGCAUUAAAAAAUAUAGAGUGGACAUAAUAACUUAUUUUUAAUUUUGUACGAGUUAUAUUUAGGAAAAAAGAAAUAUUUGCUUUAGAAAUCGUAUCUUUCUCUUCGUGUUUUCAGUCGUUUCAUAACGUUUAGUUAUGGCGCCUACGACUUCAGUGAUCGUCUAAAUUUACAAGCCCUAUACCGGCGUUAAUGAUUUUUAAAGGAAAAAAAGUUUAUAAAAAAUUCUAAACCAAAUAUAAUAUUUUCAUUCAUUAGAGUAUUAUACUUGAAAAAUGGACUUGGCUAGAAAUGCAUGGAGAAAAUCAAUUUUUAUAUACAAAAGUAGUUUACAAAAUUCUUUAAGAAAUAGUGGUAGCACACCAUCAAAUAUAGCUGAGGUAGCUGUUUUUUCACGCGAUGGAGAUUCUGGAUUAACUGUUACGGAUGCAGGAGAUACAAAGCCAAAAGAUGAUAUGAUUUUCAAUGCUCUUGGAGCGACAGAUGAAUUGUCUUCUUAUAUUGGAUUAGCAAGAGAAUUUGCAUGCGAUGGUAAAGUUGAACAUCCUUAUGUGGAUAAACUUAAACGUGUGCAAAUGAUAUUAUUUGAUUUGAAUCAUGCUAUAUCCAAAUCGAUACCAGGGAAAACCAAAAUAUUUGAAAGUAAACAUACUAAAGAUCUUGAAGAAUGGAUUUUAGAAUAUGCCAAUCAAUUGCCCCCACCUGAAGACUAUAUCAUUCCUGGUGGUGGAAAGGCUUGUGCUUCUCUUCAUGUAGCGCGAAAUGUAUGUAGACGAGCAGAGAGAAGUAUAACAUCUUUGGUGCGCAAUGGUGCUUUAGAUAAAGAAGCACAAACAUAUUUAAAUAGAUUGUCAGAUUUUCUUUUAACUGUAUCACGUAUUGCUGCAAAAUGUGAUCAACGUACAGAAAACAUAUAUAUUCCUCGAGCAGAAGUACAAGAAGAAAAAUGAGUGACUGACCUGUAUAAAUAUGAGUAGAAAGCGCACUGGUAUCUUAUAUUACAGAUAGACAGAUAUCGAAACUAUCUGCACAAAUGUAAGUGAUAAUAUCAAUGUCAUGCAUUAUGUAUUAACAAUCAAUUCUUUAAGUAUCUUAUAAAUAUAGAAGAUGUAUGUUCUUUAUACUUAAUAAUUAAUAUAUUGUAGAUGCAUUUGUUGUAGUAUGUUGAAAAAUAUACUUAUUUACAUAAAU